AUGUCAUCUGAUAAUAGAAAUGUCUUGGUGGUGUUUGGGGCCACUGGCGUCCAAGGUGGCUCAGUCUCGAAAGCAAUUCUCAGCGACCCUGAUAUCUCUCGACAAUUCAAGGUCAGAGCUAUCACUAGGGACCCUUCCAAGCCAGCCGCGUUGGCUCUUGCUCAACAAGGUGCAGAGGUUGUCAAGGCAAGCCUCGAUAAAAAGAAAGACGUCUAUGCUGCACUUCAGGGCGCAUAUGCAGUGUACCUAGUCACCAACAUGGAAGCUUUUGAUUAUGCUGCAGAGACAAGGCAGGCGAAGCUUGUGGCUGAUGUUGCCAAGGAGCUGGACAUUAAGCAUUUGAUCUGGUCAAGUCUGCCGCAUGUCUCGCAGAUCACCGGCGGUAAACUCACCAGCGUUGUUCAUUGGGAUGGCAAAGCCGUUGUGGACGACUAUAUUCGGUCUCUAGCGAUCCCUCACACGAUAAUCAACAUUGGAGUGUAUACGCCCUUCAUCGUUGAUUUCUUCCUCGCUCCUCUAUCCACUGAUCCUCCAGCUUUCAGCCUUUCCUUACCGGAGCCUGCCAACAUCAACACCGUGCUGCCUGUCGUUGACGCAGCAGCGGAUGUCGGCAAGUUCGUGAAGGGUAUUCUGCUUUGCCCAGAAGAGACAAUUGGGAAACGAUUGGAUAUCGCGGAAGGAUACUACACCGUCAAAGAAAUAGUGGAGACUUUAAACAAGCUGGGUAGGUCUGUGGGCUUCCAGACUGUGCCGAAAGAGACGUUCAAGGCUGCACUUGCCUCGAGAGGAUUACCCGAGUUCUUUCAGGAAGACUUGUGCCAGGUCCUCCAGUACAUUGAGGAGUAUGGUUACUUCCAUAAUGGUACGGUUGAGGAGGCUCGCGAGAUUGCAAGCGAACCACUGAUCUCGUUGGAGGAGGCGUUUAGAAGCAAGCUUGAGCUUGUCAAUCUGGACGAUAAAUAG